AUGCUCGCCACAUCACGAACCGCGCUGCGUCAGGCUGCGGCCAAGCAGUUCACCGUCAAGGCCGGCGCCCGCGCUGCCUCCGCCUGGUCGAGCGUGCCGCAGGGGCCUCCCGCCAUUCUUGGCAUCACAGAAGCUUUCAAGGCCGACUCCAACCCCAAGAAGAUCAACCUUGGUGUUGGCGCGUACCGUGAUGACAAGGGCAAGCCCUACGUCCUGCCCUCCGUAAGGGAGGCCGAGAAGAAGAUUGUCGACUCUACCCUCGACAAGGAGUACGCCGGCAUCACGGGUGUCCCCAAGUUCACCAAGGCUGCUCUCGAGCUCGCCUACGGUUCUGAAUCGACGCCUCUCGCUGAGGACCGCGUCGCCGUCACCCAGACCAUCUCCGGCACCGGUGCCCUCCGCAUCGGUGGCGCCUUCCUUGAGCGCCACUACCCCCAUGCAAAGUCCAUCUACAUUCCCACUCCCUCGUGGGCGAACCACGCGGCCGUCUUCAAGGACUCUGGCCUCAAGGUCGAGAAGUACAGGUACUACAACAAGGACACCAUUGGCCUCGACUUUGACGGCAUGGUUGCCGACAUCAAGGCCAUGCCCAAGAACAGCAUCGUUCUGCUCCACGCCUGCGCCCACAACCCCACUGGUGUUGACCCCACCGAGGAGCAGUGGUUGAAGAUUGCUGAGGCUGUCAAGGAGGGCGACCACUACCCCUUCUUCGACAUGGCCUACCAGGGCUUUGCUUCUGGUGACACCAACAAGGAUGCUUUUGCGCUCCGUCACUUCAUCAAGGAGGGUCUCCGCCCCUGCCUUGCUCAGUCUUUCGCAAAGAACAUGGGUCUCUACGGCGAGCGUGUCGGUGCCUUCUCCAUCGUCUGCGAGUCUGCCGAGGAGAAGAAGCGUGUCGACUCUCAGAUCAAGAUCCUCGUCCGCCCCUUGUACUCCAACCCCCCUGUUCACGGCGCCCGUAUUGCUUCAGAGAUCCUGAACAACUCUUCCCUCAACCAGCAGUGGCUCGGUGAGGUCAAGGGCAUGGCUGACCGCAUCAUCACCAUGCGUGCUCUCCUCAAGGAGAACCUUGAAAAGCUCGGUAGCAAGCACGACUGGAGCCACAUCACCUCGCAGAUUGGCAUGUUCGCAUACACCGGUCUGACUGCUGAGCAGAUGGACCAGCUAGCUAAGGAGCACUCUGUCUACGCUACCAAGGAUGGUCGUAUCUCGGUUGCCGGUAUCACCAGCGAGAACGUUGGGCGCCUUGCCGAGGCCAUCUACAAGGUCAAGGGUUGA